GAUCGGAGUUCCUUCAAGUCCGUGAUAUAAUUUCAAUUAAAGCAGAUGCACUGCAUUUAGCUAACUCAGAGAAUGACUCAACAGAACCAAGAGUUAAGAAGCGAAAGGAAGACUCAGCUAUGUCAUUUUUACUAGGAACAGAAUGUGACAAUAAUAGUAAUCAGGCUUGGAGAGAUGAGUUGAAACUGUUCCAGAUAGAACCUCAAAUUCACCAUGACUCUGAUCCUCUGGAAUGGUGGAAAGCUAAUGAGUCACGUUUCCCUACAAUUGCUAGAAUUGCCAGACGUUACCUUUGUGUACCAGCCACAUCAGUACCAUCCGAGAGAGUUUUUUCAGCAGCUGGACUUGUAAUCAACAAUAAACGAAGCAGUCUAACACCCGAAAAUGCAGACAUGCUUAUAUUCUUGAGUAAAAAUAUGUGA